AUGGCAGCUAAUGUUUCAUUUUUGGAAGAGGACCUCUGUUGUUCUGUGUGCUGUGACAUGUUCAAGGACCCUGUAGUCCUUAAAUGCAGCCACAGCUUCUGUAGAGUCUGUCUGCAGCGGUACUGGGAAGAGAAGAGCUCCCGGGAGUGUCCCAUUUGCCGGAAGAAAUCUUCUAUUAAUCCUCUACCUAACUUGGUUCUGAAAAAUGUAGUGGAGUCCUACUUAAAGCAGAAGGCUAACAGUGAAAGCCCACAGAGGACUGAAGUUUGUUGUUUUCAUGGAGAGAAACUUAAGCUCUUCUGUGAAGACGAUGAGGAGCUUCUGUGUGUCGUGUGUCAAACUUCAAAAAGACACGAAAACCACCAGCUCUGUCCAGUGGAAGAGGCUGCACUGGAUCUGAAGAGGGAGCUAAAGAGCGUAAAGAAUUGUAUUACAGAAGAACUUGGAAGGUUCACUGAAUGUAAACAUGUCUGUGCGGAAACAGCAGAACACAUCAGGGGACAGGCUCAGCAAACAGAGAGGCAGAUAAAGGCAGAGUUUGAGAAGCUCCAUCAGUUCCUGCGAGAUGAAGAGGAGGCCAGACUAGCUGCACUGAGGGAGGAAGAGGAGCAGAAGAGUCAGAUGAUGAAGGAGAAGAUAGAAAAUAUCAUGAGGCAUAUCUAUUCCCUUUCAGACAAAAUCACAGGUAUAGAGAAGGACAUGGAGACUGAAGACAUCUACUUUUUAAAGACCUACAGAAAUAUCAAGAGAAGAGCCCAGUGCACACUGCAGGAUCCACAGCUGCUUUCAGGAGUGCUGAUAGAUGUGGCCAAACACCUGGGCAAUCUGAAGUUCAGAGUCUGGGAGAAGAUGCAGGGGAUGGUGCAGUACAGCCCUGCGACUCUGGACCCCAACACUGCUGCCCCCUGGCUCUCUCUGUCUGAUGAUCUGACCAGUGUGAGAAACACAGAAGAUAAACAGUAUUUUCCUGACAACCCAGAGAGGUUUGACUCCUGUUUGAGUGUGCUGGGCUCUGAGGGGUUUAUCUCAGGGAAACACAGCUGGGAGGUGGAAGUAGGUAACAAACCAGCAUGGACUAUAGGAGUGGUGAAAAAGUCCAUCAACAGAAAGGGACAGAUUAAAUGUGACCCAGUGAAUGGAUUCUGGGUAAUAACUCUGAGGAAUGGGGAUGUGUAUAAAGCUGCAGGUCAGAUGAACCCCCUCUCUCUGAAAAGGAAACCCCAGAGGAUCAGAAUGCAGCUGGACUAUGACAGGGGGGAGGUGUCAUUCUACGACCACAGUGACAUGUCACUCAUCUACACUUUUAAAGACACAUUUACUGAGAGGCUCUUCCCAUUCUUUUCUCCGCGUUUAAAUAAAGAUGGCAGUAACCCUGGAGCCCUGCAGAUCUGCCCAGUGAAGGUGUCUGUAACAGAGAUGUCAUCCCAGUGA